AUGAAAUCUAAAUCAUCAUCAUCAUUAAACAUUUCAGCAAAUAGCAGUGAUGAAAAUACAAAUAAUAUAAACAAUUCAGAUGAAAAUAUAAAUAUAAACAUUAAUAAUAAUAAUAAUAUUAAUAAUAGUAACAAUAGUAAUAAUAUUUUUUCUACACAAUUUGAAUAUUUAAAUCAAUUAAAAAAAAAUUAUUUAUUACCAUUAAAAAAUUUAUGUUUAAUUCAUUUAUCAAAAAUUAUUUUAGAAAAAAUAAAUAAUGAAAUUAUAGAAUCAAAUCAAAAUCCAUAUUUUAAUAGUACAAAUAAUAGUAACCAAAUAUUAUUAGAAAAAUUACCUCUUGAUUUAAGGGAGGAGUUGAUUCAUUUUAUGCUAGAUAAUCUAUCAUCCUCAUCAUCAUCAUCGUCAACACCAGUAUCAACAUCAGGAUCAUUUUCAACACCCUUGGUUUUAUCAAAAUCAAGAUCAACAGAGUUUAUUGAUAAGUCCACCAAUUUAGCAGCGGAUUCUGAUGAAACAAGUUCAAUUAGUAGUAAUAAUAGCUCUAAUAGUUCAAAUAAUAGUAAUACAAUUCAAAAUUUAAAAAAACAAAAAAGAUUUUCAUUAAAAAAUAAAAUAUUUUCAAAGAAAAAGCAACAACAAAAUGAAAAUAUUAAUUAUGAUAGUUCAAACCAAAAGCAAAUGUUAAAUGAAAUUAAUGAAGAUAUUUUAUCAAAUAGUUUAUACGAUCUAGUAUUGUCACCAAGGUUGUUUUCAAGCGAUAGUGGAUUGAUAUUUCUUUCACUUCGUCAAUGCUCAUUAAUUUCCGAUCAAGUAAUUAGAAAAUUAAUCAAGUUAUCACCAAAUCUAGCUUAUUUAGAUUUAGCCGGUUGUAAAAUUAGUCAAAAAACAUUAUUAAUAAUUACUACAACUUGUAGUAAGCUUAAAACUUUAAAUAUUGGCCAUAUUGACCUUUCUUUGUCAUCCUCUUUGUCCCAGUCCAUUUCAAAACUAUCUGGUUUGGCCUCUUUAGAUCUCUGUUCUAUUCCAAAAUUAACAUCGCAGUUAUUAAAUUUAAUUCUAUAUUCCCCUGGUGAGCAAUUUAUUCAUAGAGGUAGUAUUAGUGCUCCACCAACUCCAAGAGAUAGUAGAAAUCCUCAAAAUCAAACAUUAUAUCAACAACAAAAUAAUGUUUUGUUAUCACCAAGAUUAAGUAGUCAUAACCAAAAACUUCAUAAUCAGUCCCAACCUCAAGCCCAAAAUCAAUCCCAACAUCAACUACAACCCAUAUCUCCAAGAGGUGAUCAGCCUGUAGUUAAAAAGAUAAGUUUAUCACCUUCCAUUCAGUCAUUGUCAUCAAUUUCAUCAGCAUCCUCAAAUUUAUUUACUCCAAGGUCGCAAUUAGCCUUUGAGGUAUCUGGAGUUUUUCCCAAUACUUUAUUGUCAAUUAAUAUCUCACAUACCGAAAUUGAUGAUGUGGGUUUAAUAGUUCUAGCUAAAAAAUGUAUUUAUCUUCAAGAUUUAGAUAUUUCAUAUUGUAAUAAAAUUACAAAUCAAGGUUUAUCAGAUAUGUCCAAUAAUAUUGAAACUUUAGUGACCUUUUCAGCAAAAGUUGUUAAAGCCUCUGUGGGUUUAAUAGAUUUAGUGACUGUUAAUCUUAAUUUAGUAAAAUUAGAGUUACAAUUCACAAAAUUAGAAGAGUCCCACUUAAAAGAAAUGUCGUCAGUUUUAUCAAAGUUAACAACUUUAAGAUUAGAUGGUACUCCAAUGACCGAUGAAAUUUUUAAUAAUUUUUCAAAAAAGAAUUUACAUUUGCAAAUAAUUGGAUUAUCCCAAUGUAAAGGUAUAACAUGGGAAAUAUUUUCAAUUUUAGGUAAAAAUUGUAAAGGAUUAAAGAAACUUUAUUUAUCUCACUGCAAAAUGUCAAAUAGUCCACAAAAUUUAGUUCAUUUAGGGGAGUUUUUUAAGGAAUGUUCCUUUCUAAGUGUUUUGGAUAUUGCAUAUACACCUUUGGUAAAAGAUCAAGUUUUAUCAACUUUAAUUAGAUCAAAGUGUUCAAAAUCAAUAGAGACAUUGUUUAUUGGUGGUGGUUUCCAUAAUUUAUCAAAUGAAGUUGUUAGACAAUUAGUGUAUGCUUGUCCAAAGAUGAAGGUAUUUUCGUGUAUCUCUUGUUAUAAUAUCAAAGAUGAUGCUAUUCUAUUGGCAAUGGAUAGAUGGUUAUUAUUAGAAGCAAUAGAAUUAACCGAUUGUACAUCGCUAACAACUUUAACACCAAAUUUUAUAGGUGAACAUUCCCACAUUCAUUCACAUCUUCGUUUUAUAUUUUUAUCAAUUACAACAAAUAUCAAAGAUUUAGAUGAAGAUUCAAUUUUAGAUAAAAUUAAAGAAUCCUCUUUAGAAAUUUUCGAAAUGAAUCAAGAAAUUACUUUAGAAAAUGUUAUAGAACAAAAUUGGUUAAAUAUUUAA